CCCGCCCCGCGCCCCGGACGUGCCCGGGCAGCCCUGGCGCCCAGACCACCUUGCCCCCUGCGCUCCCAGCUGCGCUGCUGGAGGUCGGCGCCUUGGGUUCGCGGUCGAGGGAGGAUGGACGCGGCCUGCGAGGUGAAGCACAGAGUGGUGGCCAGCCCCAUGGGGCAGAUCCGGAUCUCCGGGUGCGAGCAGGGUCUGCACGGGAUCAAGCUGCUGGGCAGGGCGACGCCGGCCGCUGGCCCCACCGAGGCCCCCGCCCCGCCUGAGCCGCCCGGCAGGCCCGAGGAGACGGUGAAGCCCCUGAUGGAGUGCGCGGCCUGGCUGCACGCCUACUUCCAGGAGCCCACGGCCCUCCAGGAGCUCCCCGUGCCCGCGCUCCACCACCCCGUCUUCCUGCAAGACUCGUUCACCAGACAGGUGUUAUGGAAGCUGCUGGAGGCUGUGAAAUUCGGAGAAGUGGUUUCUUACCAGCAAUUAGCGGCCCUGGCAGGCAACCCCAAGGCCGCGCGGGCGGUGGGCGGAGCGAUGAGAAGCAAUCCUGUCCCCAUCCUCGUCCCGUGCCACCGAGUGGUCUGCAGCAGCGGCGCCGUGGGCAACUACUCCGGGGGGCUGGCCGUGAAGGAGUGGCUUCUGGACCACGAGGGCAGCCUGGCGGGCACCCCGGCCCGUGCAGGGGGCUCCCGUCUGGCCCGGACCUGGCGCGGGGCCCUGAGGGGCAGCAGCGGCUCCGAGCCCGCCGGCCGAGACUGAGCGUCGGCGGCAGGAGUGAGUGUGUGAGGGACACGUCGAUGUAACAGCCUGUCGGAGGGAUGUAACAGCCUGUGCGGACGCCCCGCCACAUUAAAAACGCUGCU